AUGGAGGGAAAGCGUUCUGGUUCUAUGCAUUGCAAAGUGUUGAGAAGAUUGAAAGAGCUUACUCGAUCGAUUGUUGAAGAUCUCGCGAACAAUCGCUUGCCGAUCAUUUACAUUGAUCGGUUCAGGAAUUACUGCAUGGACGGUUCAGGAAAUUGCUAUUGCAGCUCUGGUUUGUCAAAUGGGAAGGAAGUUGUUACACUGAAGAGGGAAAGCCAUGCACGUAGGUUAGAUGUUUUGUUAAGGGUGCUACUGAUUGUUCAGCAACUUCUGCAAGAAAAUCGUCAUGGUUCAAAAAGAGACAUAUACUACAUGCACCCUUCUAUUUUUAAAGAACAAGCAACUGUUGACCGAGCAAUUAAUGAUAUUUGCAUACUUUUGCAAUGCAGUCGGCAUAACCUGAAUGUGGUCUCAGUUGGGAAUGGAUUGGUGAUGGGAUGGCUGCAAUUUGUAGAGGCUGGGAGAAAAUUUGACUGUAUUAACAGUCCAAACACAGCACACCCCAUUCCUGUGCAUGUAGAAGAAGUUGACAAUAUUAUUAGUGUUGCCCAGUACAUUUUAGUUGUGGAAAAGGAAUCAGUAUUCCAACGACUAGCAAAUGAUCAAUUCUGCAAAAGAAAUCGUUGCAUUGUCAUCUCAGGAAGAGGCUAUCCUGAUGUUCCCACAAGGAGAUUCCUGCGGCUCCUGACUGAGAAGCUGCGCCUGCCUGCAUAUUGCUUGGUAGAUUGUGAUCCAUAUGGCUUUGACAUCUUGGCCACAUACAGAUUUGGCUCUAUGCAAAUGGCCUAUGAUGCAAAAUUUCUCUCUGUCCCCGAGAUAAAGUGGCUUGGAGCUUUUCCUCUAGAUUGCGAUAACUACUGUAUUCCACAGCAAUGUCUUCUACCCUUGACCGAAGAAGGGUUGAAUUGGAGCUGCUGCUAGAGAAAGGAGUCAAAUUUGAGCUUGAAGCGUUAUCUGCCUGCUCACUUUCAUUUUUGUCAGACGAGUAUUUACCAUCUAAGAUCCAAGGAGGAGGCUACAUAUGAAACUUUUUCUGUAAUG